CGCCGGGUCCCCGGGCCGCCGCGUCCCAGGAUGCGCCGCAGCCGCCGCUGCCGCCGCUGCUGCUGGGACUCCUGCUGUUGGCGGCCCUCUCCGAGCACUGCCUGGCCGACACCGGAAUAGACAGUCUACAGAUAACAGUCAGCCCGACGCCGGAGUCAUUUCCUCAUGGGAAAGUGUUACCGGUUUCAACAACAUGGCCUUUCUCAGAAGUCCAGUCUUCCUCGGCAGUGGCCAGAAUCCAGAAUGUGCUAGGACCGUCCCCUGACAACACUAGCACGCUGCAGUUCCCCCGAACAUCUCUGCCCAAGGCACACCGCAGAGCUAGGGCUCACGGGGACUUCUCUUCCUCCCCUUACCAAGGAAGCGGCCAUAGCGCCUCCCUCGAGCCUUCCAAGGAUUCCACAGAGUCUGUGGCCCAGCAGAGACCUCAAGGGGGAAAAGACGCAGCCUCCGUGUCAGCGGACCCCUCAGUGUCGUCCAAGGCGGAACCAACAGCAGCAGCAGCAGCCACGUCGAUCCUGGGGAAAUCAAGUCCGCUGGCGCUGUCUGCAGCCCUGGUCGCCAAGGGCACGGGCAGCAGCCCUUCAGCCAUGGCCUCAGGAUUAGUCAAGAGCAGUUGGACCACUGCUCUAGCUAAAAAUGCCACAAACAACGCAGCGCCAAAGACGACAGCAGGGGCAGUGCAUCCGGCCUUCUCAUUCACACCAACCUACAUGUUUUCAAGAACGGCACAUACCGUGAGUGCUCAUACAGCCAUGCAAGGGAACACAGGCACCGCCUCUGGCCUGCUGUCCACAACAUACGUCCCCAGGAAACCACAAGCCAUGCACACGGGCCUCCCGAACCCCACCCACCCGGACGUGCCCAGGGCGUCCACCGCACGCCCGCUGACGAUCACAGCAGCCUUGACGUCCAUCACCGCCCCAGUGAGGGCCACCCGCUUGCCGCCUGUGCCGGCAGGAAAUACAGACACUGCUCUUCCCGCUGCGUCGACUGCCGUGGUCACCACCGGCAAAACGGCAUCCAACCUGGAAUGUCAGAUGUCCAGUAAGCUCCUGGUGAAGACAGUUCUCUUUCUGACCCAGAGGAGAGCGCAGAUCAGUGAAACCUUGAAGUUCAAUCUAGCCAAAGGGCUCACCCAAGCAUUGCGCAAGGCUUUCCACCAGAAUGACAUCUCGGCUCACGUGGACAUUCUGGAACAUUCUCAUAACGUCACAGUUGGUUAUUAUGCUACCAAAGGGAGGCUGGUGUACUUGCCGGCUGUCGUGAUCGAAAUGCUGGGCGUCUAUGGGGUCAGCAACGUCACGGCAGAUCUGAAACAACAUACCCCAAACUUGCAGUCGGUGGCUGUCCUUGCCUCCCCGUGGAAUACCCAGCCCGCAGGCUACCUCCAGCUGAGAACAGUGCUGCAGUUCGUGAGCCAGUCCGACAACAUCCAGUCCUGCAAGUUCGCUCAGACGAUGGAGCAGAGGCUGCAGAAGGCCUUCCAGGAUGCUGAGAGGAAAGUGCUGAAUACCAAAAGCAAUCUGACGAUUCAGAUUGUGAGCACAUCCAACGCCUCCCAGACAGUCACCCUGGUGUACGUGGUGGGCAAUCGGAGCUCCUUCCUCAACGGCACGGUCGCCAGCAGCCUCCUCCGCCAGCUGUCGGCUGAGCUGGUCGGAUUCUACCUCACCUACCCGCCGCUCACCAUUGCCGAACCGCUGGAAUACCCUAACCUUGAUAUAUCAGAAACAACCAGAGACUAUUGGGUAAUUACAGUGCUACAGGGCGUCGACAAUUCGUUGGUGGGCCUGCACAACCAGAGCUUCGCCCGGGUCAUGGAGCAGCGCCUGGCCCAGCUCUUCAUGAUGUCCCAGCAACAAGGCCGGCGGUUUAAACGGGCCACCACCCUGGGAAGCUACACCGUGCAGAUGGUAAAGAUGCAGCGGGUGCCGGGACCCAAGGACCCAGCGGAGCUGACUUACUACACCCUGUACAACGGGAAGCCUUUGCUGGGGACUGCAGCAGCCAAGAUCCUGAGCACCAUUGACUCCCAAAGGAUGGCCUUGACCCUGCAUCAUGUUGUCCUCCUGCAAGCUGACCCCGUGGUGAAGAACCCACCCAACAACCUGUGGAUCAUCGCCGCGGUGCUGGCGCCCAUCGCCGUGGUCACGGUCAUCAUCAUCAUCAUCACUGCUGUGCUCUGCCGGAAGAACAAGAACGACUUCAAGCCAGACACCAUGAUGAGCCUGCCUCAGAGAGCAAAGCCUGUGCAGGGCUUCGAUUAUGCCAAGCAGCACCUGGGCCAGCAAGGGGCGGAUGAGGAGGUCGUCCCUGUGACUCAGGAAACAGUGGUCCUCCCACUCCCUGUUAGAGAUGCUCCUGCCUUUCAGGAGAGAGACAUCGCCCAAGACGGCAGCACCAUCAAGACGGCCAAGUCCACCGAAACCAGAAAGAGCAGGUCGCCCAGUGAGAAUGGAUCUGUCAUCAGCAACGAAUCAGGGAAGCCCAGCUCGGGGAGGCGCUCGCCCCAGAAUGUCAUGGCACAGCAGAAAGUGACAAAGGAGGAGGCACGGAAGAGAAAUGUGCCAGCGAGUGAUGAAGAGGAAGGAGCGGUGCUUUUUGACAACUCGGGCAAGGUGGCUGCCGAUCCCUUUGACACAUCUUCCGGAUCUGUGCAGCUCAUUGCAAUAAAACCCACAGCCCUCCCCGUGGUGCAUCCCACGUCGGACAGGAGCCAGGAGUCGGCAGCCCUCAAUGGCGAGGUGAACAAAGCCCUGAAGCAGAAGUCAGACAUCGAGCACUAUCGGAACAAGCUACGCCUCAAAGCCAAGAGGAAGGGGUAUUACGACUUCCCCCCAGUGGACACAAACAAGGCUCAGACAGAAAGGAAAAAGAUGUAUGAGAAAACCCAAAAGGAAAUCGAGCACGUUUUGGAUCCAGACCCAGAACUGUGUGCCCCAUUCGCUGAGUCUAAAAACAGGCAACAGAUGAAGAAUUCUGUGUACCGAAGCCGGCAGUCUCUGAACAGCCCGAGUCCGGGGGAAACAGAGAUGGACCUUCUGGUGACUCGAGAGCGACCCCGGCGCGGGAUCCGCAACAGCGGAUACGACGCACAGAGCUCCAAAAACCCUUGGAAUUUCCUAAGUGAUGAGCAAAUUAAGACGGAGCCUGAGAUCAUAGAGGAAACCAACAUUGACAGAGUGAAUGAGCCUCGGGGCUACGCCAGGUCGAGGCAGGUGAAGGGCCACUCGGAGACGUCCACGCUGAGCUCCCAGCCCUCCAUCGACGAGGUCAGGCAGCAGAUGCACAUGCUGCUGGAGGAGGCCUUCAGCCUGGCAUCCGCGGGCCACGCGGGCCAGAGCCGGCACCAGGAAGCCUAUGGCUCCGCGCAGCACCUGCCCUACUCGGAGGUGGUGACCAGCGCUCCGGGAACCAUGACACGGCCCAGGGCAGGGGUGCAGUGGGUGCCCACCUAUCGCCCAGAAAUGUACCAGUACAGUCUGCCUCGGCCGGCAUACAGGUUUUCCCAGCUUCCUGAAAUGGUCAUGGGCUCUCCCCCUCCACCUGUACCUCCCCGGACUGGCCCUGUGGCUGUUGCUUCUCUCAGGCGGUCCACGUCGGACGUGGGCAGCAAGACCAGGAUGGCGGAGUCCGCGGGGCCCGAGCCGGCCCAGCUGCACGACAGCGCCUCCUUCGCACAGGUGGCCAGAGGCCCCGUGUCCGUGGCGCAGCUGGAUCAGUCGGCUUUAAAUUACUCAGGUAAUACGGUGCCGGCAGUGUUCGCCAUUCCAGCUGCCAACAGACCCGGCUUUACCGGCUAUUUCAUCCCGACGCCUCCCUCGUCCUACAGGAACCAGGCCUGGAUGUCCUAUGCAGGAGAGAAUGAGCUCCCAAGCCAGUGGGCCGAUUCGGUCCCCCUCCCGGGGUACAUCGAGGCUUACCCCCGGUCCCGUUAUCAGCAGAACUCUCCCUCCAGACUCCCUCGGCAGUACAGCCAGCCGGCAGGCAUGCACCCCAGCCUGGAGCAGGCCCCGGGGCCGUCCACGGCGGCCUCGCAGCAGAGCCUGGCCGAGAACGACCCGGCGGACGCGCCCCUGACCAACAUCUCCACCGCGGCCCUCGUGAAGGCCAUCCGGGAAGAGGUGGCCAAGCUGGCCAAGAAACAGACAGACAUGUUUGAGUUCCAGGUCUAACACCUCAGCCCCCUGGAACUUCCAGACUCCGAGGACACCGUUUUCCGGUGGCUCGGCCUGACCUGCUGGGACUUGAGGCAUAGACCACGUGGGAGUCUCUCUCGCCCUCUGAAAAGGUGAACAGUGGGGCUUCUGGGCGACAGAGGAGACUUUGGACCAACUGGAUUCUUGGCUUCUUCAGCUGACUGUGCAUCGAGAAGUCCCUGGGGACCCUAUGUUUGCUAUUCUGUGACGUUAAAUGUUUGAACUGUGGGUGUUAUUUCCCUAUGGAGCCUUAGUCACAAGAGACACUCGCGGAUCUGCAGAUCCCUGUCCAAUGCCACAUUUUAAUAAGUCACCAGAAGGGGGAGAACACUGCUCUGUCUUCGGUGAGUUGUGCAUGUUAACUCUGUUUCUGCAUUAAAGGCAAAGCAGGCUGCCGGUAAGGUUAAGCGCCAGACUGCACUCUCUCUCGCUCAGCCGUGACCGCAAUCGUUAAGAUCGCCUCCGGGCUGUAAAGGAGGCAUUGACUCCAGCCAAGAAACUAGAGUCCUUUGCUUUUAAAGGUUCAGAUUCAAAGUCAGAUGAAUUGGAUGAAAAUCAGUACUGUCCGUGACUACACCUAUAAAUAGUCCUGACUCUUUUUUCCUUCCGUUCAUUAAACAAUGGCCGAGGAAGAGAGAAGAUGGAGGGGGAAUGGUGGGUUUGGGCUGACAGGUUUUUGAAAAGGUGUUGUCGUUUUGGAACUAGAGCGCCCUGCAAGGUCAGAUCUCACUGAAAGAGAAUCGGUGCUAAGAGCUUUUAGGAUCCUACAAAAGAAAAACAGUCGUAUAUUAGAGGAUUUUUUUUGCCUGGCAAUGAAGGUGGCCUGAGAACAAAGCUUCUCUCUUCUUGGAGAUGCUAGAAACAUCAGCGUUUACAGGAAAACCUCUGUCUCUUCAACAGCGACGUCCGGCAUGCGCUGCCGCGUGACACGGAAGGAAGAAGGAACUGAUGCCUGUUCGGAGCAGAAAUAGUGAAUCCCCGUCUCCCCCAGCUCUGGCCUCUGUUUAUAGAAGCUUCUGAAUGUAGAAAAUCUGUUGAUUUACGUUUAAAUGUAAAUACCAUUUUUAAAAGUGUAUGGAGUCUGCCAGUUCCCUCCCUCCCCACCCCCACAGUCACUGGACGCGGGAGGACAUUUGCUGACUCUAGGACCACCAUGUGGCAGAUCACACUACCCGACGGGGCGAGUCGGUCUCCAGAGCUCUGGGUGGACACUGCCUCGCAGCCCUGAGGCUCCAGCUGCUGUCAACGCCUAAGCAAAAUGGCCACCGACUUCAGGGGGCCCCGGGGAGGGAACACUCUGGCUCCCUCACCAACGCUGUUGGGGUCUUCCUUGGUGUCUGUUGGAGAACGAGGUCCUGUCCUGCCUUCACCCAUGACCCAUCUAGCUUCAGCUGUGUCCAUGCCUUCUGAGCCCAUCUUGCCAUUUUCCUCAUGAGUUUCUUUGGUCUUUACUGAGAGAAGGUGGAAACUUAAAAGUUGAGAGAAGAGUAGGAGUGGAACGGAUUAGAAUGGGAGAUUCAAACUGUCAAAGCACAGACUUUUCAAAGAAGCUGUUUUUAUUUCCCAAUGGCAAAUUGCCCUUUCUGGAAAGUUCCAGAGAUGAUGUGUCAUGGAAUCCCCCAGACAAGUCUCUUGUUCAGAUGAUAUUAGGUAGUGUCCUUUUGGUAUGCUGGUUGAUCUUUCAUAGUGUUAGUUUUUUGUUACUUAAAAAAAAUCAGCUAUAAAUAAAAUGUAUUUUUGUAAUUUCCAUGUGUAUAUAUGGUAUAUUUCUACCAAUGGCCAGUUGUUGUAGUCCAAAACCUAAAUCAGCUUGUGAAACACUGUGGAUGGUGCAAGAUUUUAUUGACAGAUUAACACAAUGCCUAAGUCUAUCCAAAUAGGUAUUCAAUGCACUUGAAUGAACAAAGAGCCAAAGAAACUCAGCCUUUUCAUGCAAAUGGUAUGAGUCUGAUAAAGUCAGCCACAUUGUCCCGCCUUAUCAAUAAUAUUAAUAUUUCAUCAGUGCAAUGAUAUCAACCCAGUACUUUGUCUACUUGGUAAAUGCCUGGAAAUCCUGUAUAUGAAAAUGAAGUUUCAAGACCUUAAUGUGAUUAAAAUAGAUGCUUCAAAGACAGUGUCCGAGCUUUGGAUGUUCCGGUGACUUACAGAGAAGGAGGCUACAGUUUGCCAUGGUGGGGCUCCAGCUUGCUACAAGAAAGGAGAAACAAACCAUUGCGGUCUUUGCGGAACCCCAGGAAGUAUUGAGUUAGUCAACUGAGACGACUAAAAAUAUAGCGUGCUAAAUCAGACGUGCUUGUAAGCUAGACACCACAGGUUUAAGAAAAGUAGAUGGGAGGAAAACCGUAAGUUGAAAAGAAAUCAAUCUGUUCAUGUGUUUUCCAGCACCAGGGAGACAGCGGCCAUUGUUAGAUUUUCUGUGACUAAUAUGUGGUCCCUUUUCUGAAGAGUCUCCCAACCUCGUGGAGGGGACAGAUGCCUGGACAGCUGACUGAGCAAAAGCAGAUGGGCAGAAGUGCCUCAUGGAAGUGAAAAUAGAGUUCCAUGAGAGCUCAGAGGCUCAACGUUCCUCAUGACCCUCCAGACUGUUGAAGAAGCCACAAAGGACCUUGGCAGUCUUGGAGAAGGAAUCAGAAGUCCAGAAAAGUGGAGCAACCUGCUCGAGGAUUCCUGCUCAAGCCUGCUGAUUCAUGAUUCAACUUGCUUUUCAUUUCACCACGCUGCCUGCACGCUUGUCUGUGACGCGUUUCUUGAACUGCUAGGAAGUUUAAACAGUAGACCAGGGUCAUAUGAGGGACGCUCUACAUUCUCGUGAAGAAAAAGAUGAUUGGAUAUGUAAAGGACUUCAGAUAAAGUGUAUAGAGGACGAUGCGUUUGUGGCAUAAUAAACAUUUUUCAGAACUUGUUUCGAUGUGAGUUUUCUGCAUUCCUGAAAAGAAAUGCAUUUGGGCUUUUUCCAGAGAGCGCCAUCAAGGAAAUGGUGUUCUCCUCAACUGCUGUUCAAGACUGCCGGGGUGUGUUCCUCUCUCCGUGCCGUGGAUCCAAACAAGAAGGCAGGGAGGCCCUGACAGCCUGUCAUGACGAGGCAGCAGAUUCUGUGUUCUGUGUUGGGGGAGGCAACCCCGUGUGCAGGAGGCUGAAAGUCUCCCGUGUGCCCUGGUCCUAGGAUCUGAGAUGGCAGUGGUUACCCACAGAGCCGGAAGUUCUCUCUUUCAGGGUGUGCUAUAGACUUAAUGUUGUAUCCUACCCCCAACGUGAUGGUAUUAGGAGGUGGGACUUUGGGGGGGGUAGUUAAGUCAUGAGGGCGGGGUCUUCAUGAAUGGGAUUAGUGCCCUCAUAAAAGGGAUCCCAGAGAGCCCUCUUGCCCUCUUUUUUGCCACGUGAGGCUACAGUAGGAAGUCAGUAGUCUUUCAACUCUGAAGAGGGUUCUCGCCAGACCCCGACCCCGCUGGCACCCUGAUCUUGGACGUCCAGCCUCUGAAAGUGUGAGAAAUACAUUUCUGUGGUUUAAAAGCCACCCAGUCUGUGGUACGUCGCUGUGGCCGCCUGGGCCCACUGAGACUGGGUGGGUUAGGUAAGAAUCAGUUCUCUGGUCCUGGAAGUUAUGUUGCACGUUUGUUAAUUUAAGGAUUCAGCAGAAGGGCAUGUAGUUUCUGAGUAGUCUUGAUGGAAAAAUGGAUAGGAAAUUGUUAGAUUUGUGACUUAAAAAAAAAAUCAGAGUACAGAUGGAGGAAGACAGGCAUUUAAAUACCUGAUGUAAAGAAAUACUUCUCUAACAGGCAGAAAUUAAAGAAAUGAUCAAAAAUUUAAACAUUGUAGAUAAAUAAAUUUCUUUUUUCUGCAUAAGACACCUUUUUCUACUCAGGCGAUCAAUCUUUAAUGAAUACAAUAACAGAUAUUAUUUAUAAAGUUUGAGAACAUAAUUUAAGCUUAAUCUGUUCCUUCUACCAAACACCAGAAAGUAGUUUGGAUCUUGCUUACGUAGUACAGCCAAACACUCUUAGGGAAAUGGAGUGAUUUCGUUUGGAGCAGUAACUGACUCAGGUCCGAGUGCUAGAGAUGAAAUUCUCCCAUUGAGUCCAGGUAUCUAGUCAAAGACCUUUGCAAGGACUAGAAACAUAUUCAGACUUGCUCUAAAGUGUGGGGGGUGAUGGAGAGAACACAGGACCAUUUCACAGAAACUAAACACAGCUCCCAUAUGGGAAAGGGCUGGAGACAGCCAGCUCACUCUUGCUUUCUCUCUCAUCCUCUCUCCAUAGGGACUUUCCUCUCUGUUUCUCUCUUCAUGUCUGCUCAGCUCUCUUGCUUCCCUUGGCCUCCUAGCGUUCUCUGUUUUCUCAUUACUGUAUAUGCAGCUGAAAAUCCAUCCCAGGACCCACUCCGCACCAUUUUUUCUUUCCUGUACCCACCCCUCUGUGCCCAAAUCUUGAGAGUCUGAUUGGUCCAGUUCGUCUGCCUAUGGGUCAUGUGCCUAUCCAAUCAGCUGUCACCAAGAAGGCAGAGUCAUGUGAGACCGGCCUGGCCCCUGGACUGACCUUUUUGGUAAGAGCCUUUGUUGGGGGCUAAUACCCAGAGGAGGAGUGUAAGUGGGCAGAACCUUCAAAAGGAAGGAAUGUUCUUAGGACUGGAGUUGACUGGCGCUCCUAGGACACCAUGCAGCCGGUGAGCAAUCCCUAUGGACACUGCCACAGAGAGGAGAGAGGUCAGGCUUGACAGGUACAUCAGGUGGGAACGCACGCAUUUGAAACCCUGGUGGACGGGCCAGUGCUGCCUCAACCACAUGCCAUCCCAGUACCAGUACCAUCGAUUCUGAGUCUAAGUGCAAUUUCUGGCCAAGGUCCAGGUAGCACCACAUCUUGCUCAGCAGACAAUUAAUACUUGUAAAUUGAAUUGCAUGAUCCGAGCUCAGGUGCUAUUAAUGUCGCUCACGGCCACACACGUGCAUGGAUGAGGGAACUGAUGGGCCUCUCUAUAGAGCCUUUGGAAACAAAAUUAGUUUCAAGUGAAAUUGAUAUUUUUGUGGCUCCACCCUUCUGAAUAUAAUAAGUUAGUGUCCUGAGAAUUGAAAGGUCUCUUGAUUUCUUAAGGUGAAUGGUUACAGAAUAGAAUCCUAGCCUAUGGUAAUGCUAAAAGGUAGGGGGCUUCUGGAAAGGAAUAUUUAGGAAAUAGAAUUAGUAGCGCCAGAAACAAAUUCUUUUAGACAAUGUUAAGUUGCUUUGAUUUUGCAGGUUUCAAAGAUAGGGAAAUUUGUGAUAUGGCAGAAUUUGUCUCCAUAGGUCAAACCCAUACUUCAGUGAAAGCCAUUAUAUAAUGAAAUCUAGAAAUUGAUUGUUUUCAUUCUCUGACCUUGGCCAGACUUUUAUAAAUUAUAGAGGGAGGCCAUCAGUGUAUUUUCCAUAAAUUAACUGUGACCUCACCCCACUUCCCCCAUCUCUUCCUUGUGUCUAAAUCACCCCUGCCCACAUACAAACUGAGAGAAGGUUUGUAUCAAACAGAAUCAGAGUAUCAUUCUCUGGUCUGGAAAUUCUGAAAAAGGGGUAAAUAGUCAAGGCCUUAGGCAGCUCACUUUAAACCCUUCUCUGACUCCUCAUCUAUGAAAUGAGUAUGACAUCUGCCCUUCCUCCCUUCCAUGGUGGGCAUGAGGAGAACAUGGUAGACUGUGUCAGAAAAGGCUUUGAAAAGUAUGUUUGAAGGUAUUCUUACUAAAGUAUUAGCUGCAUAAUUUGGUCUUUCCUAGUGAAAUAUUUUAGCUCCUUCUAUCCACUGGACUAAUUUGUCACAUAUUCUAUAAAAUUUAAAAAAAAAUACUCCAUAAAAUAAAAAAAGGAAGAUGGUCCUAAGUUUGGAACUGCCCACAAAGGCCAGCCCCAUCGGAGCCAUGUUGUUGUUGCUGCUGUUGUUGACGAUGCGGAGGCCAUGUGAGCACGUGCACAUGUGCUGUCCCUCCGAGUAGAAAACCCGGACUCACGCUCCCCACCAACCACAUCACGCACACGUUAGGCGUUAGGCAGACAAAGACAAAGUACCAAACGGGAGCUCUGACUGUAGCUGUUGACACCUAAUGCUUGGCUUUCUAAUUAACUUCCUAUGUCCGGGCCUUCGCUGGGAACAGAGCAUUCACAUGCUCUUAGAAUUUUUUAUUGUAAAAUAAAAAGCAAAGGUUUUCAUACCCCAAAACCUGCCUGCUUCUCAUCCUACCUGCUCCCUAUGUUGAGAUGGAAUCCCCCUCAUACCCCAACCGAACAGUAGUACCCGCUGUGAGUUAUUAAAGCCCUUGUGGUCUCAGAAGCCAUCCCAGCCUGAGGCACGAGCUCAUGAGCCGAGAAGAACUUCUCCCUGGCCAUCCACAGGCCCCAAGGGAGCAGUUCCAAACUAUUUAUGACUGUGUUCUUGGAGCAGAUGGUGUCCCAGGACAGAAUAAACCAAUGUCUGGUCAUAGGCCCUUCUCGGAGCAUAAGGAAGUCCUAUCCAGGUCAGUGGCUCCCAAAGGGUCCAGGAUGACAUUGGUCAUGGACGCAAACUUCCAAGACCACUUACUUUCCCUGCCAUUGCUAGUCCCAGCGAUCAUGAUGUCUGCCUUAUGUUCAGACCUAUUCGUGUGUUAUAUCCAUGCUCUGCCUCUGAUGUAAGCUGACUGGACAGGAAACCCAUCUGACCCAGGAGCCACAAAUUCAUAGGCUAACCAGGCACAAAAAAUGUAACUCAGCACAUGGGGUAGGCCAACUGGAUUCUCUCUGUUGGAAAUACUACGACACAGAGUCUAUUAGCAAGAGAUGUUGAAACUGAGCAGUCAAGACUCAGAGGUCAUGAUGGGUGGGCUGUAUGCAAAGCAAAGGUCUAAGAGAACAGAAUAUUGAGUAAGAAGUAGCCUUGAGGCCAAGGAGACUUAGAGUGUAGGUAAGAAAGCCUGUCUCCUGUAACAAAAAUAGACAAACAAAAACCAACUCUGAAUGUUUCAGAGGAGUCCCCACGUCCUAAUGGAGAGCCACAACCCUGGGGUUUUGGAGCUCCAUUGAGAUUUGGGGGGCUUGGACAAUAAGUGUGUUGUUUCUCACAAGAGCCAAGUCUGCUGAAGCCCUCUGCAAGUAUUCAGAAGUACUUAGACACUGAAGGAGCAACUUUUACCCCUCUCUCUGCCACUCUGUAAAGAGGGCUCACAUAGGCACAAAAAAUAUUCCCCAAAGCCACUGUCUUGCUGCGGUGAUGAGGAAUAGACUUGGAGCCUCCACAAAAUUCUGGGGCGCUCACCAUGGCAGAGAGCAGGACCAGUGUGCCCCUUUGCUUUUUCUUUCCUCCUGGAUUCUGGCUGCUCUUAACCUUCAGGACAAAUGAAAUGAUCAAGUGAAGGGAAGUGGUGGUGCCUGCUUCAGUCCCAGGUAUGGCAGACAGACACAGACCCAGGGGCUGGAAAAGACGCAUGGCAGUCCCUAGCCUUUCCUUGCUGGGGUCCCCUCAGAAAAAGGAGAGCAAACUUAUUCCAAAGGACGAUCUCUAGACUUCUCUGAGUCACUGUCAUGCAUCCAACUCAUGAUCUCUGAUGGCCACUGGAAGCCAGCAAGAAUGUACCUAGGAAGGAGUGUGGAACCAAGUAAUGGUAACAUUAGUGAGCGAGUUGUCAAUGGUCAAUUACCUGUAAAAUGUACACAGAUGGUUAGCAGGAGGCAUAAUUGCUUUGAGUCUCCGAUGACCUCUUGCAGGUACGGUUGGGGCAAAUACUGGUUUGCACAGUUGGCCACUUCACUGUAACAACAUUUCAGUGUUCACGUUUGCACGUGGACAAACUCAUAUUGAAGGAGAGGCCAUCCGACUCCUUAGAACUGAAAUAAAGUUUCAUUAGCAGAAUAGUUUCAUUGCCAACCCCUCCUCCAAACCAAAGAGCUCUGGCAAACUCUUGAAGGUAAAGGCACUCGGGUUACCUGGUCUGUGAAAUGCGCUCUAUGAGCUUGCUCUGGAUCUGAUGGGCCCUCACCAAACAUAUAAGAGAGCUUGCUUUUGCCUGCGUGCCCACUCCAUCACCCAGCUCCUCAGUCCUGGGAGCUAAGGACUUUGGGAGACCAAGAAGGCCCGUGGGAGCCACACACCUUGAGGCCGUAUCUCCAGUGAUGUCAACACAACCUAAUGAAAACUUGGGCUACCACCCAGAUAUCUUGCCUAUAGGACAUAUGGGACCAGUUGGAUUUUGGACAUAGGGUCUACAAGUAAGCCAGAUGUUGAAUUACGUUAUUCAUGCUUCACCCUACUCUGCUAGGGUUCAUGAUGGCAAAACCAAAAGCUGUUUGAAUCCUCCUGGAGAAAUCCAUUUCCUAGGUCAAGUUGGGUAGCAUCAAGAGAAAGGGCCUGGAAAGUCUUAAGACUGUGAAAACAAAGGGCUGCCAAAUUGCACGAAUUUCUUCAUAUAUCGAUAUUCAGGUGUUUUGGAAACCAAAAGUUGGCUUCUUUUUAAAUUUAAGAUUAUGUCUCCAAAACUGGCAGGUCCCAAACUAGCCUUCGGUGCUUGGGGGACCAGUUCUUUAGAGUGAGUCCAGGUGAAAAAACCAAAGGCCAAGACCAGAAAUCAGAUGCCACAAGUGAGCAGAAACGAAGGUUUUAGGAGGGCUGCUGCGCUGCGUUUCUGCCAGGGGCAUGCAUUAUGGGCACAGUUUUAUCCUGCGGAUCAUUAACCUUUCAUUUAACUGGAACUGAAGGGGAAGCACUGAUAGAACCUUCCACAUAGCCAUCCAUGCAGUCCAUCAUUGGCUGACCAAACUUUUCCUGAGUACCUACUAUGCACAGACUCCGUACUAAGUGCUGAGGAUUCAGCUGUGAGCAGGACACAGUGCCUGCCCCUCACAGAGCUCGCGGUCAAGGAGGAUGGAUCCUUGAGACACAGAGCCCAACAGAUGAAGGUCCACCACUCAUUCAGCGCGUUUUCUACCUCAUCAGAGGUAGGCGAAUUAAAAACCGAAUGCAGCCGCAUGAAAACCAAAGUCCCCUUCUUUCUGGAAACAUUUACAAUUAGAAAAGACAGACUGCAGUCCUUAUCUUCUAAUGAAGCUACACAGUUUUCCUUCUCAGUGACCUUUAGCUAGUUAGUAAGGUGCCCACAAUAUCCCCAUGGGGACUGAGCAAAUUGCUAACUUUCAAGAAUCAACAGUGUUAUAAACCCAAAUUUCAGAGUUGUCACCAUCAAAUGAAAUCAGGAGCCCAAAUUGUAAGAAAAGGAAUAACUGAUUUGGGGACUAUACUAUGCAAUCCAAAUGAAAAUUUCAGGAGCCAUAUAUUUUACAAAUGAAACCACAGUACGCCGAACACUCUCACUUUGCAUUGUUCAUAUCAAUAAAGUGCCGUUCAGAAUGCACUGGAUUAUUAAUGAAUGGGUUUUGGUUUUUGUUCAGCCUCUGAAAUUCAGUGCUCUAUGGAGCAAAUCUAAAUAGCGGAGCCAGGUAGAGCUUUGCAAUGAUACCAUUUCUUUGCUGCAUUUGUCUGUUGAGCUUAGUUGAAAUUGUGUUUGUUUUUUCUUGGCAAAUUUGCAUAUGAAAUAAAGCACGUUGUC